CGAACAAGGGGCGGAAGUACCGGGUUCUACACCGGAGUUGUGGUGUCUGAGGCAUGUAGCGUCAUGUCACUGCCUUCCCCACUAUUUCCGGGCGCAGAGAUGAACGGCCCGGGGGACGGAGAGGUGGAUUACAAGCGGAAAUACAAGAACCUCAAGCGGAAACUGAAAUUCCUCGUCUAUGAGCAGGAAUGUUUCCAGGAGGAGCUGAGGAGAGCCCAGCGGAAGCUGCUCAAAGUAUCCAGAGAUAAGAGCUUCCUGUUGGACAGAGUCCUGCUCUAUGAGAACGUUGAUGACGACUCAUCAGACUCUGAUGUGACCGCUUCCUCUGACAACAGUGACACCGAGGGUGUCCGCGGAACCGUUGCCCCCUCAGCCAAGAGGAAACGGAGUCCCCCCGCCGGCCAGGUCUCUUCUCCACCCUCUUCUUCCACGAGCCUGUCCUUGCACGCAGCCGGGGGCACGUACAUGAGCGCUAUGAACUCACCCCCCUACACCCCGUUCCCCUCGGAAUAUCUGGCUCCUCUCCCCAACACUACGCCCCCCAAACCCGAACGACCCAAGAAAGACAGAAAGAACCGCUGGGUUAAGUCAAAGAAGCCCAAGAUCCCACUGGGCUCCCCCACCGGCUGCGGUAACGUCUUGCCUUUUGGCUCUCGCGCGUCCGCCCUGACUCCGUUGUCAUCCUCCAGCAAGCUCACCCCACCUCCCACUAUCCUCAGUACCGUGCCCCAGCAGAUGUUCAGCGAUGGCGGGGAGGGCAGCGGAGAUGAGGGGCCUUUGGAUGGAGAUGAAGAGGAUGACUUGGUCAUAGACAUUCCCGAGUGAACCCCGUGCUGGGCGUAUAAUCCCCGCUGCUUCCUUGUUCCAAGAGGGAGGAAGGGCUGUAGUCCUGCGCAUGUUCCCCAGUGGCAGCCUUACUCGGGGACUGAGGGUUACGCCGGGGCUGUUGCCGGAUUCAUACAAAUGUUUAAGGAUUGGGAUAUUGAGGCUUUACCCCGAGCUGGACUCCUGCACCUGAUGCUUCGUCCGCCGGCUCUCGUUACCUCUACUGAUGGAGCGUCGGACGGUUUAUGUUGGGGGGCCGUCAGCGAGGGUCUGGCAGAAAUAGGAAGUCUGUGCGUUAUUCCUGAUUAUAUGUCUGCUCUGAGGUUCCAGGCUCAGCCUGCCAUAGGUUUGGGGGGGGGUUUUGGUGAAUUUAUUAUUAAAUGAGACUCAGGAAACGC